AUGAAGCCUCCAAAGCCCGUACUGACUGACACAGUCAUUCCACUUCAUCUAAGGGACAAUGCCUUGAUUUACCGCAAUUUUAUCGCCGACGUUACCUUUAUUUUCGACGAUGUGCUAGAUGCGGAUCUUGUUCGCAACUCUUUGGAAGAUUUGAUUGCUUUUGGAGAAUGGAGAAAGCUUGGUGCUCGCCUGCGACUGAGAGACGACAAUGGGCUUGAAUACCACAUUCCCCAGAGAUUCGACGCUAAAAGACCGGGAGUCACAUUCAACAUCUCCGAUUACAACAUGAGAAUGCAUGAGCACCCGAUUGCUAGCAAAGUUCCUCGUGCAAGUAACAAGCUUCAACUGUUCUCUUCGCCCGACGAAUUUGAUGGGCUGUUGCGCCAGCCAAACACACCUUGUCGGCUGGAAGACUGGAUCUAUUCGGACCGCCCUCAGCUCGAAGUUUACAUGAUUCGAUUUGAGGAUGCGACGCUGAUUAGGAUGACUUCACUCCAUACCUUGAUGGAUGCCGUGGGACGAUCCGGUCUUCUCCAAGCCUGGACAGCCAAGCUCAGGGGUCGCGAUGAUCAAAUCCCAGCCUUUCACGGGUUCUCCGAAGAUCCAAUGGCCUCUUAUACCACAGACGCAUUGCCACGGAGACCUGGCAACUCUCAGAACGGCAACCCAUUUCUAGGCUGGCUUCGCGAGCCAAUUCGUCUUGCCACUGCACUCUUCAGUUCUUUUUGGGCACCGGUGCUGGAGACUCGGUUUCUUUGCGUACCGGGGCACUAUCUUGAUUCCAUGAGAGAGCUCGCCAGGAAGCAGCUCGAAGGUGGGACAAACGAUGAAGACAAGGAACCACAGUUUGUUAGUGAAGGCGACGUCCUGCUCGCAUGGUGGAUACGGACUUGGGUUUCUGCCAUAAAUCCGCCGCCCAGCAAGACCAUCACGAUCGUGAACAUGUUCAACUUUCGUCCCGCAUUGCCAGAGCUAUUUCCUAAAGGAGCAAUGUUCCUUGGAAACACAAUUAUGACGAUAGGAACUCGUGUGCCUGUGGGCGAGAUGCUUCAAAAGCCACUUGGAUAUCUCGCUCGUCGGAUUCGAGAAUCAAUUAUGAGUCAAAGUACCAGAGAUCAUGUUGAGCUGCAAGCUGCUAUCCAGGCAAGAGGGAUUCAAGAUAUGGGAGUUCGUGAGCCGUUUCAAGAACCGGACCCGCUGGUUCUUGCUUGCACCAAUCGUCAUAAAGCAAGGUAUUUUGAUGUGGACUUUUCGGCGGCGGUUUCGAAGGAAGGCGCACCCAAAGCGCAUAGAUCAAGCGCGCCAGGCAAGCCGUUCUUCGUACUGUCCCGCAACUUUUGGUUGGGGAGCAAUAGACCAUCUAAUUCUGUAAACAUUGCAGGAAAAGGCCCGGAUGAUUGCUGGUGGAUAUCGCAGACCUUGCCGCGGAAUGCAUGGGGAGGGAUUGAGAGGCAGCUGGCGGAUGCUAACUGUAACGAGUCUAUCCCUUAG